AUGGACGUUUGGCUACCAUUGGAAUCUAACCCUGAAGUGCUAUCCAACUAUAUGGUCAAGCUGGGCGUAUCGCCCCUCUGGAGUGUCGUUGACGUCUAUGGAAUAGACGACGAAAUUUUGGACAUGGUCCCGAAGCCGGUCAAAUCGUUGAUUUUUCUAUUUCCAUGCUCCAAAGCGCAUGAGGAGUUCCGUGCCAAGGAGGACGAGGAACUGAAGGCCAAAGAUGUCGAACAUCCCAAAAGCCUGUUUUUUACACGUCAGAUUGUUCACAACGCCUGUGGUACGAUUGCUGUGAUUCACGCCAUUCUCAACAAUCCGGAUAUUGAGAUUGAGCAGGGCAGUGUUUUGCAGAAGUAUUUCGACAGUGCCAAAGAUCUUUCGCCUGAUGAACGCGGUGAGCUGUUGAACAAAAACGUGGAGUUGAAGGCAACACACGAAGAGAAUGCGCAGCAGGGCCAAACCGCCACUCCCAACAUAAAUGACGCGGUUUAUCAUCAUUUUAUCGCGUUUGUACAUGUCGACGGUAUCCUUUACGAGCUGGACGGGAGAAAGAAUUUCCCAGUCGCUCACGGUAAAACAACGCCGGAAACGUUGUUGAAAGAUUCUGUAAAGGUUUGCAAAAAGUUCAUCGAGUUGGACCCGAACGAGGUGCGCUUCACGCUGCUAGGACUCGUACCGACUCAGUAA